AUGCUCACAAGGAAUUUAGACUAAGCCAGGCGUGCAUAUGAAAUGGGAAACGUUGAACAAAUGAAAAUCGCUCACCGAAACAAUACGAUAGAAAACGAGGAGCGUCCUCUAACAUAAUAAAUAGAAGACCACAAUCAAUCUGGAACAUAUAUAAAAAGUGCAGUAUAUGGUGGUUUAGAUGGCAUGAUUACCACAUAUUCAGUUGUAAUGGGCGUUGCAGGCGCAAGUUUAGCAAAUGUAGUAGUAUUAGCAUUAGGAAUAGCAAAUUUAAUAGGCGAUGGUUUAAGUAUGGCUUUAGGUGACUAUUUAUCAACCAAAAGAUUAAGUGCUGAAGACUCAAAAACGAUAAUCGAUAUUUUAUCCAAAAAUAAAAAAGUUUGGGUAGAUGCCAUGAUGGUAGAAGAACUAGGAAUGCUCCCUUCAGACGACGAAAAUCCAAUCAAAAAUGCUAUUGUGACUUUUUUUUCAUUUGCGCUUUUUGGUUUAGUACCUAUUAUUCCUUUUAUUGUAGCAGAAAUUGCAGGAAUAGAUGGAAAUAAUCCGAAUAUUUUUUAUAUUUCAACUGCAGUUACUGGUCUUUUCUUAUUCUUAUUGGGAUAUGCUAAAUCUAUGUUUACUCAUAUGAAAUGGUGGAUUAGUGGGUUAGAAGUACUUUUAAUAGGGAUUAUUGCGGCAGGAGCUUCUUAUGUAAUUGGUUUGGCUUUUAGGCCAUUAACUGGUGAUGUUAAAGGUUGA